AUAAGUGUGAGGAGAUCCAACGGCGCCACCCGGUGGACUUACUCGGAAUAACACUUCACCUGUAUCAGAAACUUCGAACAGCGCUUGAAAAGUUAAUACGGAUAAACACGGGGAAAGUUGGACAACUGAAGCCUUUGUGCUGUUGUAAGAGACGUUUUAUCUUAAUUGUAGACUUUUUUUACAGCUACCUAACUACAUAAAUCAGAUUUGAGUGUGAAACCGACGAAUCUGCUGUCCCUACUUUUAGUUUUGUGUCGACGUAAACCUUGACACAACCAGGAAGUCCGGGGAUUUUUUAGACAGAAAACUUGAAUUGACGGUGGAUACGCCACUUUAUAACGACAAAUAAUGAAGAGUCGCGUUGUUAACGCAUACAAUUAACUUAUUGAUGUAGUUCGUUUCAUUAUUAAUAUCUUACUAACUUAUCUUAGUCGUCGUUCGUUACCCGGAACACCUGGACUUUUCACUGCGGGUGAGAGGGAUGGAUGUUCCUCAUCUCACUGAAGAUGAAAUGGCAGAGAUUAAAAAAGACGUGCUGACCAGACUGCGGCACUACCUCUGUGACAAGAUCAGGGCCGAACGCCACCUCGACUACCUGCGCUCUCGCAGGAUCCUGACACGAGACGAUGCGGAGGAAAUCAGCUGCAGGACCACACAGACCAAGAGGACGGCCAUGUUGUUGGACAUACUGGCCGAGAACCCCCGGGGCCUCGAUGCCUUGAUUGACUCCAUAAGGGAGUUGCGUGCGCAAAACUUCAUCAUCACCAAAAUAACGGAUGAGGUGCAAAAGGCCAAAAACGAGAAGAUCGAGUCUCUCAGAGCGGGGGCUUCCAGUUCCUCAUCUGACAGCAGCCUCAGCGCUGUGAGCACGACCAGCGACCUCCCCACGACGUUUUCAAACAACUCCACCCUGCUCUUCCACCCAGACGGAGAGCGAAGCCCUUCCACUUCAGGCGUUGCAGGCUCACUCAAUCUGCCAUCGUUACAGAAAGGCGGAGACUUGCCCUCUGGGGCUGGUGUUAGUAUCGGCGUAGCUUCCUCCACAACCUCCUCCAACCUCCCGAGGCCCGGAGACCCGGGAGCUCCUCCGCUUCCGGACGAGGUGAUGGUCGAAUCCCCCUCCAACAUAGAAGCCGGAGCGCCAGGGUGCACCAGCAGCGGAGGGGACCCAAACUUCCAGCCCCUCCGGUCGCGCUCGCUCACUCCAACGUCACACAGGAGCGUCUUUUAAUUUCACAUCUCAAUAAGACAGUUCUUAUGCAGUUAACGGGACAAACCAACAGAAUCCUCAGCCAUUCAACUCAACUCAUAUACAAACACUCUCUCAUUGUUGUCUCGCACUCUUUGGUGUUGCUCUUGCCUUUGAUUAGGUGGUUAGUGAGAAAUUGCUGUACAUGGGAUAUACUACUACCAUACCAAGUUUUGUACAAGAGAAAAAAGGGACAGUUUGUCACUUGGGCUGGGGUAUUGUUGCAAAGUUUUUGAUACUGGUGCCAAUUCUUUGCCUUAAUUUUGAAAUGAGGCCAAAUUAAUAUCUUAGUUUCAAGAAUAUACACGUUUUUAUAAAAACUCUUUUUUUUAUUAAACAAGAAGCCACACUUCUCCAAUGUUGUUUAAAUACAAGUAGGUGUACAAGCACUUUGCCUAAAUGAUAUACAGUUUAAAUAGGCAAAAGUAUGAUUUAAAUCAGAAACGGUCUGCUUAAUAAAUAAGUAAAGAAGAGUACGAAUUUGAGCAAGCAUUUGAUGCCAGCUUUCGUUACUUAAUAGUUUUCGAUACUCGUGCUUCAAACACAUUUCUGACCAUACCCAAAGAUGUUCGAUGCCCAUGUCAUGAGCUAAGAAAAUCUGACUCAUCCUCUGUAUCAAAGGUGUCAUUUCCUGGUAAACUGUAUAUAUGAAACCACGGCAGCGACAGUUAAGGUGCUGCAAGAAAGUUUUAUACACUGGAAUAACUUGAGCAUAUGCUGUAUGUGUGUAAGUCAGAUCUCAUGAGACGCUGCCGUUUGACCAGAGCGAUGUAGCUCCAAAUGAUGCUUUCCAUUUCAUUCUGUGCAGCAUUAAGUCACCAUGAAGUUGCUUUACAUUGCCGUCACUACACAAGUCUUGAAUCACAAAACAUAUUGUGAAAUACAAACCGUGUCCUGCCUAUUACGUCAAUCUCAGGUCAUGUACAAUAAUCAAUUCAAACUAAAGGUUUUCAAUAUGAA